AUGAGCACAGUAUUGCCGCCGUCGCGGAUACGCAACAUCGCCAUCAUUGCACACGUCGACCACGGCAAGACGACGCUCGUUGAUCAGCUCUUGCGGCAGUCUGGAACACUGGAUGCCGCCAACAGCGAUAUCCGCGUCAUGGACUCCAAUGCACUGGAGAAGGAGCGUGGCAUAACGAUCCUUAGUAAGUGUACGAGCAUCAACUACAAAGACUACCGCAUCAAUAUCGUCGACACGCCAGGACACGCGGAUUUUGGUGGCGAAGUGGAACGGGUCCUCAGUCUUGUUGACUCUGUGGCUGUUGUGGUGGAUGCGCAGGAGGGACCCAUGACACAGACGCGGUUUGUCUUGCGCAAGGCACUGGAACGAGGACUCAAGCCGAUUGUCGUGCUCAACAAGGCCGACCGGCCGACAUCGAGACCUGAACAGGUGGAUUCUGACUUGCUGGACUUGUUUGCCACGCUGGGCGCAUCAGAUGAACAGAUGGAGUAUCCUAUGCUGCUUGCAAGUGCCAAAGCUGGCUGGGCCAUCACUUAUGCUGGCGGAGACUGGUCUAUUCCGACCAAGGGAAGCAUGACAAGCCUAUUCGAGGCGAUUGUCGAGCACACGCCACCACCCAAAGUUGACCCUGAAGGGCCAUUCAACAUGCUGGUCACACAGCUUGAAUCAGAUGCCUAUCUCGGUGCUUGCUACAUUGGUAAGAUUUACGGCGGCAGCGUCACGGUUGGGCAAAAGAUCAAGGCACUCACACCGGAAGGCGACUUUAUUGAAGAGGCCAAGGUCACCAAAGUAUAUUCGCGUAUUGGGUUGGCUAAUCACAUGCUUGAUGCUGCAGGUGCUGGUGAUAUUGUUGGUAUUGCAGGUGUUGUCAAGGGUGCCGUGAAUGCUACCUUUUGCGACCCAUCUGUGCAUGAGGCCAUUCCCAUCACACCGUUGGAUCCACCGACCGUCAGUAUGCUGUUCGCUGCGAAUGAUUCGCCUCUUCAGGGCCAAGAAGGCUCACAGCUCACAUCUACGAUGCUAGCGACGCGCUUGCUGGCAGAAGCACGAACCAACAUUGCACUGACUGUGACUCCCUUGGGUGAGCAGAUUGAAGUGUGUGGACGGGGUGUGCUGCAUCUUGGCAUUUUGAUUGAGACGAUGCGCCGGGAAGGUUAUGAGAUGAGCAUCAGUCCACCCAGGGCAGUUCUCAAACAGGUGGAUGGCAAAGUGCAUGAACCUGUGGAGGAGGUUGUGAUUGAUGUGGCGAUUGGCGAUGUGGGUGUUGUGAUGGACAAGUUGACGAAACGCAAGGGCGAGCUCACGUCGAUGGUGGAUGGUGACGAAGGCAGGAUGCGGAUCACAAUGCAAAUUCCAUCACGCGGACUCAUGUCGUACGUUGCUGGUGAGUUCAAGACGGAUACGCAUGGCCAGGGUAUUCUCAACAGCAGUUUUGUUGGAUAUGAACCGUACAAGGGACCCAUCAGCACGUCGCGCAAGGGCAGCCUCAUCAGCACUAGUGCUGGACCUUGUACGACAUUUGCCCUGGAAGCUCUGGAGCCCCGCGGGGUCCUCUUUGUGAGUCCUCGCGAGAAGGUCUACGAAGGGAUGAUUGUGGGUGAGCACAGCAAAGCCGAAUCGCUGGAAAUCAACCCAACCAAGGCCAAGGCCUUGACCAAUAUGCGGUCCGUCAACAAGGACGAGUUUACGACGCUCAAGGCCCCGCGCCGGUUUACCCUGGAGGAGGUGCUAGCGUUUGUCGGGGACGAUGAGAAGAUUGAGGUGACGCCGUCUUCGUUGCGGCUGCGGAAGGCCGUGUUGAAUGCGAAUGCACGGAAGCAGCAGAGCAGACGGAAGGAAAAGAUUGUGUAG